AUGCACGACGAGUCUGUAAUCGUCGAAUGUCUCCGUGACAUAAGCACCCUCGAAGACAUUGAAAUCCACGCAAAACCUUCAAGCCACCCUGUCUCCCGAUUAUUCCUCGCACUUUUAGCGCAUUUCCGGUUCAGCGGACGCAUAGAGCAUUUGGAAGAUGGUUUUGACGAGGCGUUAUGUGAAGCACUUCAGAUCCGACGCGGGUCUGCUGCUGCUGAGAGCAUGCUACAACCACUGCUGUCAUACCAUGUCCGAGGCACGCCCAUAGACCGUUACGAUCAUUAUCGCAUGACCACGCCCGGAGUCAAGGAGAGGCUAGAAGAAUUGGUGCGAGGCGGCCUUCGAUUGGAUAUUAUAUUUGGAUGGACUUCGUGGCUACACUCCCGUAGCUCGCUCGAGUUGUAUAUCUAG